AUGGCUGCGACCCAAGCUUCGAAGGGCCUGGACGAGAUCGCUGCCGUCCAAGAAAAUCCAGCCUCGACAGCCGGCUCACUGGCGGCAUCCUCUGAUCUCGAUGACAAUUAUCAUCUUUACAAGCGCAGCGACGAGCAAGAAAUCGACCCCGCCGAAUCCAAAAGAGUUUUGCGGAAGCUUGACUUGCGUCUCGUCCCAAUCCUUGUCCUGAUAUAUCUACUACAAUACCUUGAUAAGAAUGGGAUCAACUAUGCUUCCGUGUAUGGCUUGCAGAAGGGCACAAAUCUACAUGGCCAAGACUACUCUUGGCUGGGGUCGAUAUUUUAUUUCGGAUACCUCGGCGCUCAAUUUCCAGCAGGUUAUUUCCUGCAGUCCCUGCCAAUUGGGAAGGUGGUCGGCAUAACAACCAUCAUCUGGGGCAUCAUACUGAUCACCACUCCUGCAUGUUCGUCAUUCGCCGGAAUUGCUGUCAAUAGAUUCUUGCUGGGAUCGUUCGAGGCAGUCGUGAACCCGGCUUUUAUUCUGAUCAUGUCUAUCUGGUACACCGCAGCGGAGCAGCCGCUGAGACUGGAGGCCUACUAUUGCACAAAUGGCAUUGCCACAAUGUUCGGAGGGCUAAUCGGGUAUGCUGUUGGCCACAUCACGACAGGGCUCGCUCGUUGGAUGUACGUCUUCAUCAUCUUCGGGAGCAUCAGCAUUUCUCUGGGCAUCCUUGCCCUGCUUAUGCUUCCGGACCUGCCAUCGACCGCCAAAUUUUUGACCGACGCCGAGAAAGUCAUCGCCGCCAAACGCGUCUCUGUGAACCGUCAAGGCAUCAAAAAUCACCAUUUCAAGAAGUACCAGAUGUGGCAAACCCUUCGUGACCCGAAGACAUGGAUCCUGUUCGUCAUGGCUACAGGUGCGCAAAUACCGAAUUCAGCAAUCACUCAGUUCACCAGCCUUGUUAUCAAAUCAUUCGACGUCGACACUCUUGGCACGCAAUAUCUCCAGAUUCCUGGUGGAGCAGUUCAAUUUCUCGCGCUCCUCGGCGGAGGAAUCCUUUGCUCAAGAUGGCCGAAUCUACGGUGUAUCACGAUGAUCGUAGCUAACACAAUAUGCAUUAUCGGUUCUGGCUUGCUGGUUGGUUUGCCCAACAGCAAUAAAUGGGGCCGCCUGGUCGGCCUAUGGCUGUGCUUCUUCCAAGGACUAGGAUUCAGUAUGAGUUUGACCAUGGUCAGUUCAAACGUCGCAGGCUACACGAAGAAGCAGCUCACCGCGGCCAUCUUGUUCACUGGUUACUGCGUGGGAAACAUCAUCGGUCCCCAGACAUUCAGAAGCAGCGAAGCCCCACACUAUCACUCCGCCUACAUCGCAAUGCUGGUUGGUUAUAUCAUCAAGCUGGUUUCCAUCAUCGUGCUGUAUAUAUACAUGAGCAUUGUCAACAAGAGGCGAGACCGGGAAGCUGCAGCAUCCGGUCUGGCGGGCGUUGAAGAGGAGAAGGAAGCUAUUGAGCGAGGGAUGCACGACAUCACCGAAUUGGACAACAAAGGUUUCAGAUAUACUCUAUGA